GUCUGUUGACGGAAAAAGGCAGAAUUGCGUUUCUGUUCGCAAUGUUUGUCUAGCUAAUCGUUUAUAUCCACGUCGGACAAAGAUAUUACUUGUUUCACUUUUAACAAAACGCAUUCACUGUGUGAAAUAAUUAUCAAUAUUCAAAGUAUAGCCAGUUUUUUUUUUUAUCCAGCAAGGAAGUCUCGCCACUGACGUUAGCCCCACGGCGGGCUGGGGGCAGAGGAUGGACUUCACCGAGUGCUACAGAGACACCGUGUCCAGUGUCGCCGCCGCGGCUCGGGCAGGCUGCAAAGAGAGAGUCCGGAGGCUGAUCCGCAGAGGCUUCAGUGUGGACAGCCGAGACAACCGAGGCUGGAACGCCCUGCAUGAGGCUGCAGCCGCCGGCAGCAAGGACUGUGUCAGGGAGAUACUGUCUGCUGCUGGUAAGAAAGGAUCCACAACAACACAAGACUCAUCCCGUGGCUGUCGUGCCUAUGUGGACACUUUGACACAUGAAGGGGAGACUGCGUGUUACCUGGCAGCACAGCGCGGACACCUGGCUGUGGUCCGACUCCUCCUGAAAGCUCACGCCAACAUCAACCAGCCAACCAACGACCUGUCUUGUCCUCUCUAUGCAGCUGUAGAUGGUGGACACAAGGAGGUUGUGGACUUGCUGAUCAGCCGAGGUGCAGAAGUGAACGGAACACACACUGCGUCCUGUUGGACCUGCCUACAUCAAGCUGUUUACAAAGGUCACACUGAAAUUGUGCGCAAACUGAUUACUGUGUGUCACCUGGAGGCACUUGAUGACCACAAGAUCACCCCUCUCUUUUUGGCUGCAGAGUAUGGACAGCUGGAAUGCCUGGAAAUCCUUGUUAAUGCUGGUGCCAAUGUGAACGCCCAGGCAGACGACCUGGCCACGCCGCUGUUGAUUGCCUCUCAAGAGGGCCAUGAGGGCUGUGUGCAUGUUCUGUUGGAUCACGGGGCCGACCCUAACCUGGCCUGUAGCAGCGACUGGCCGCAGCUCCCCAUUCAUGCUGCAGCUGAGUUUGGCCAUUGCCGUAUCCUGGAGAGGCUGAUAGCUGUUACGGAUCGUGUGUGUGACCGUGGCGUUGGCAUGGUGAGCCCGCUGUACGUGGCAGUGAGGGAACAGAGCAACAGCGUGGAGCUGCUGCUGAGGGAGGGUUAUAGCCCCGAUGCCCAGGACUGCACCGACAUCCUGGGCAUUCGCUCACCGCUCUCCUUCGCCUUGCUCGUCAUAUCAUAUGAACCGUACAGUGAAUCGGCGAGGCUGCUGAUAGCUGCUGGAGCAAGUUUGAGUGAGAUGGAAUGGAUACAUGUGUUGGCCACUGAGAGAACAGACCUACUGCAGCUGAUACUUAAGCACAGGUGGAUCCCUCGACCAGAGAGCCUGAGCAGUACCCCUUCUAGGGGGGACUGGACUGAGGGGAGGACUGCACUGAAGUUGCAGGAACUGAGGGAGCUGGUUUGCGUGGCGCUGGGUCAGGUGCGCUUUGCCGCCUGCUGGCUGCCUCUGCUUCUAAAGGCAGGACUGGAACCGUCGUUGCUGCUGCAACCCAAGAUGAUGGAGGAGGCAGACAGCGAGGUGUUGAAUUACCUGCUGGGGUUUGUAAACUGGUCGAUUCUGUCUCUCCCUCUAAAACAUAUUCUGGACCGAAGACAGGCGGAGAAGACUUGGGCAUCAUGGCCAAAUUUUGAGCCUGUUCCCAGUCUGUCUCACCUCUGCAGACUGCAGGUCAGGGAGGUUUUGGGAUCGGAUGUACUGAUGAGGACCGAUGCAGUCCAGCAGCUCCCUGUGCCCUCCCAGCUACACAGCUACCUCCAAUUCAGAGACAUCCAAGAGCCCACGUACACACACUCUCCCUCACCACCCAUGUCGGAGCGAAUAGAUGGAUACCGCAGGACACACAGACACAGUCAUGUUGUAUAAACAGACACCUGUGCUGCUGUGGUGCUACACAGAAAAAUCACAUUAUCUCCAGGAACAAGCUGCAUCACUCAUUCUAAAUUGGAUUUCUAUACCAGGGCUGAACAUUUAAUCAGAAUGUUAUCGAAAUCGCAAUAUGGCCAAGCGCAAUAUCCAAAUCUCAGGAGCUGCAGUUUUUUGAUAAAGGUGAUAAAUAGCUUUUAAAGUGAAAAUGUAAACUAUAAUUCCCACUAAAAUUGUGAAUCAUUGCGCAGUCUCAAAAUCCAUAAAAUUAAUCACAAUAUGAUUUUUUUAUCAUAUCGUUGAGCCCUAUUCUAUCCUGCAAACAUCAUAUUCUUCUAUUUGUUUUUUCACACUUUGCUGCUGAAACUACAGAACUCCUUGAGGAAUCCAGUCCAGUUGUCAAGUUAUUUUUUCUUUUGUUCGCAUGUUGAUUUUUUUUUUUUUUUUCAAUGAAAGCAUUUGUUCUUUUCCUACUAACAUUAAAGACUUUGCAGAUUAGUGA